AUGUUUUUAGAAGAGGAGAACGAAUCAUUUCUGAAGUUUCACGAUGGAAGCGACAUAACCAAAACUCUCGGAUUGGCUUGGGAUCCUGCAUCAGAUGUCCUUCUUUUCUCGUACUUGCCUACGCAGUCCACGACCAAGCCAAACAAACGUUCUGUGCUCUCAACAAUAUCUCGAUUUUAUGACCCGCUUGGCCUCAUAAGCCCGGUUAUAACCAAAGCCAAAAUCUUCCUACAGGAGCUCUGGAAGGAGAAGCUACACUGGGAUGAAAGCUUGCCCGAAUCUUUAAGCUCAACCUGGUCCAGUAUAUGCCUUCAGUUUCGCAGCGUGGAAAGGACGACAUUUCUCAAAUUCGCACUACUACCAAAAGGAUCAAUCGAGAUUCAUGGGUUUUGCGAUGCUAGCAUGUCUGCCUAUGGAGCAUGCGUAUAUAUCGUAUCCAGAUCUGCUGACAAAGCCUAUGCUCAACUAUUGUGCGCCAAGUCUCGAGUAGCACCCUUAAAAACUUUGUCGAUUCCGAAGCUUGAACUGUGCGGAGCUCUUCUGUUGGCCAAUCUUCUAAGCGAGCUUCAAAAAAUGGAUAUAUUUUCAGGUCCAUACUUCUGCUGGUGCGAUUCAACCGUAGUCCUAGCUUGGCUAAAUAGUGAGUCAUCCCGAUUCACGACUUUCGUUGCUAACAGAGUAGCAUCCAUUCAAAGACUGUCUGCCGGAAUGGAAUGGCUUCACAUACCUACUACACUAAAUCCUGCUGAUAUCAUAUCCAGAGGAGCCUUGCCCAUGGAAUUGAACGCGUCCGAUCUCUGGUUUCAUGGACCUUCGUUCUUGCUGCUACCGCGAUCCAGCUGGCCGCCAUCCCCUGCCCAAGAGCAGUGCUUACUGGAGCUGCGCAAGGCAACGUGUUUGGUUUUGACGUCACCGAUUGAUCUGACAUCUACGUGCAAAUCACCCACUCUGACUGUUUCAGAUCUACAGAAUGGUACACGCCUCCUAGUUCGAGCGGCGCUCGCUGUGGACCAUGUGGACUGA